AUGCCUCGAUCGAUUUCCUCCUACUUUUCCGCGAUCCCGGGGCAAGACCCGACUCCCAGCGACAAUGAUCGCCGCAGGUCGUCGUCGCGAACAGCGCCUCCCUCGCCCUCCGCUGUCCGACGCAGCCACAGUCUGCUCUCCGAGUCCCAUACCGCCUAUCAGUCAUUGGGUACCCCGCUAGAGGUUGGGGAGACAACCAGCUUGCUGGGAAAAACGCAAGAGAACUCCCGACGGGUGCCACGACGGUCCUAUACCAGUACAUCCGGGAUAUCAGGGCCUGACCCCCUUGUCCGACACGCUUUGAUGGCUGGGAGCGUGCGCCGAUCACGUCAUCACAGUAGAGCCAACUCGACGAAUCGACGGUUCAGUCGCUCGGGCAGUGUGGAGGGGGACCGCGUUGACAGCCUAGCAGCAUCGAUGAAAGACGCCAUGACGGCGUCGUUUCUCGACGAUCGCACCUGGUAUGACCAGUUUACCUCCACCGACUGGGUACAUGACAGUAUCGCGGACGGGGCGCGCUUGCGGGAGCUGCGCAGCAGAAAGGAUAUCCGCGGCCGGCUCCUGUCAUGGUUUGAUGGGGCUCAGGGCUGGAUUCUGGUCGCCCUCAUCGGCUGUAUCACGGCGGCCAUCGCCUAUACCGUGGACGUGACGGAGGAUUUCAUGUACGAUCUGAAAGAAGGGUUUUGCUCGACGCGGUUGUUCCAUAGCCGCCAAAGCUGCUGUAUGGGCGGGUUGGAUUGCCCCGCGUGGCGGUCGUGGUCCCGCGUCCUGAGUCCCUCUGGAACGGAAAACGAGUGGGUCGAUUUUGGCAUGUUCGUGUUUUGGGUCGGUGGUUUGUCGGCCAUAUCCUGUUUUCUGACCCUACUCACCAAGACUGUUGUUCCGUCGUCCAUUUCAUUGGCGACCUUGGACGAAAACCUCGGCGCCGUGGGAUCGCGAGGAGCGCAGCGGAGCUAUGGGACGGCCGAUUCGCCCGACUCCAACGACUCGAGCCCGCAGACGGCACACCCCGUGAUCCCGACACGCCCGGACAUGGUUUACUAUUCGGCCGCAGGCAGUGGGGUGGCCGAGGUGAAGGUCAUAAACAGUGGCUUUGUGUUGCACGGGUACUUGGGCUUCAAGACCUUGGUCAUCAAGACCGUCGCCUUGAUAUUCAGUGUCUCAUCCGGCUUGAGCCUGGGCAAGGAAGGCCCGUACGUGCAUAUUGCCACGUGUGUGGGGAACAUUUGCUGUCGCCUGUUCGCCAAAUACAAUCGCAACGACGGCAAGCGGCGCGAGGUGCUGAGCGCCAGCGCCGCCAGCGGUGUUGCAGUGGCUUUCGGCGCUCCCAUCGGCGGCGUUCUGUUCAGUCUCGAGGAAGUGAGCUACUACUUCCCACCGAAGACGCUGUUCCGGACGUUUUUCUGUUGUAUCGCUGCCGCCCUGUCCCUUAAGUUUCUGAAUCCCUACGGGACCGGCAAGAUUGUCCUCUUCCAGGUCCGGUAUCUCGGGGAUUGGGAAAUCUUCGAGAUCGCCAUCUUCAUUUUCCUAGGCGUUCUUGGAGGGGCGCUGGGCGCCCUCUUCAUCAAAGCAUCCAGCCUGUGGGCGCGUUCCUUCCGUCGAAUUUCAGUCAUCCGUCGCUGGCCCAUGCUCGAGGUCCUUCUCGUUGCUGUAGUCACAGGACUGGCGAGCUUCUGGAAUCGUUACACGAAGCUGCCAGUCUCCGAGCUGCUAUUUGAACUAGCCAGUCCUUGCGAGCGCGAAUCGACAUCCCCGACUGGCCUUUGCCCAUCCCCGGAUGGGAUUGGUGAGAUCAUUCGCUAUCUUCUCGUUGCCUUCGUCAUCAAGAGCUUUUUGACGGUGAUCACCUUCGGCAUCAAAGUCCCCGCGGGGAUCUAUGUCCCGUCCAUGGUGGUUGGUGGUCUGAUGGGGCGGAUCGUGGGCCAUGUGGCACAGUAUCUGGUGGUGAAGUAUCCCAAUUUUUUCCUUCUCGGAUCCUCGUGCGCGGCUGUCCCUGGCAUGGAGUCCUGCGUGACUCCGGGCAUCUAUGCAAUGAUUGCAGCCGGCGCCACCAUGUGCGGUGUGACACGACUGUCCGUCACUCUGGCGGUCAUCCUGUUUGAACUGACCGGGAGUCUUGACCAUGUGCUUCCGUUUUCUUUGGCCAUUCUCUGCGCCAAGUGGACGGCCGACGCCAUAGAACCACGCAGCAUUUACGACUUUCUCACCGAUAUGAACUCCUACCCGUUUUUGGACAACAAACUCCAGAUCGUUUCGGAAUCCGAGCUGGGGGAUAUCGUUCGACCGGUGCGAAAGAGCCGUAUCAUCGACAUCUCGAAUUCGCCGUUCGUGCGUGCCUCGGAGCUGCGGUCGAAGCUGCAGCAUUUGCUCAUGGCAGGAGAGCUUGACAGCGGUCUUCCCAUCCUGUGUGACAACGCGCUGGCUGGCCUGAUUCCCGCCCCAGAUCUGGAGUACGCGCUGGAUAAUCUCCAAGAUGAGGACAAUACAUUGUGCUUGAUGGCACUAGACACGACAUCGGUGGUGUCCGACAGCGACGACGAAGGCGCCGAACGGGUGGACUUUAGCCGCUACAUUGACCCAGCACCCAUUGCGCUGGACAUCCACUCGCCCAUUGACCUUGUUUACCAGUGCUUCGCUAAGCUGGGCCUGCGAUAUCUGUGUGUACUCCAGGGUGGACAGUACGCAGGCCUCGUACACAAAAAGGCUUUUGUGAAAUUCGUCAAGCAGCUUGAGUGA